AUGGAACUAGAAAACCACACAGAGAUUCCAGUAUUUCUCCUCCUGGGACUCUCUGAGAAGCCGGAGAUUCAGUCCAUAUUGUUUGGGCUGUUUCUGUCUUUGUACCUGGUGACCAUCUUUGGGAACCUGCUCAUCCUGCUGGCCAUUGUCUCUGACCCCCACCUGCACACCCCCAUGUACUUCUUCCUCUCCAACCUGUCCUUGUCUGACAUCUGUUUCACCUCCACCACUGUCCCCAAGAUGCUACUGAAUAUCCAGACACAAAACAAAGUCAUCACCUACGCAGGCUGCAUCACACAGAUGUACUUUUUCACGGUGUUUGGACUUUGGGACAAUUUACUGCUGACUGCCAUGGCCUAUGACCGCUUCGUGGCCAUCUGUCACCCCCUGCACUAUCCUGUCCUAAUGAACGCCAGGCUCUGUGGCCAGUUGCUGCUCCUGACCUGGCUCCUCAGCGUGCUGGGCGCCCUCCCCGAGAGCCUGACUGCCCUGCGCCUCUCUUUCUGUGCUGUCAUGGAGAUCCCACACUAUUUCUGUGAACUCCCUGCAGUCCUCAAGCUCGCCUGCUCCGACACCUUCCUCAACAGUGUCGUGUUAUACAUUGUGACGGGGGUCAUGGGAUUUUUCCCUCUUGCAGGAAUCCUUUUCUCCUAUUGGCAAAUCGUGGCUUCCAUCCUGCAGAUCUCAACAAAAGGAGGGAAGUAUAAAGCGUUUUCCACCUGCGGCUCUCACCUCUCUGUUGUCUGCCUGUUCUACGGAACGUGCCUGGGGGUCUACCUCAGCUCCACCUGGACACAUGCCUCUUGGACAGGGGUGUUUGCCUCUGUCUUCUACACGGUGGUCACUCCGAUGAUGAACCCCUUCAUCUACAGUAUGAGAAACAGGGACAUGAAGAGGGCCCUCAAAUUCCUUUUAUGUGGCCUGAUGUGUUCAAAGGGACAGAAAACCUGGACAAACAAGAGAGAAGGAAUGGAUCCAAGCUCUUGA